ACAGAAACCGAUUUCGCUGAAGGUCGUUCGGGUCUAGGAAACCCGGCAAUGCCCUUUACGAAUUUGGCCCGCACGUGACAAGUGUGCGUGUGGAGCAACAACGUCUUCAACUGGCCAGUAAGUUGGAUCGGAGUCAAAGACGUUGUGCUGCCAUGUCGGCGACGACAGCUGCAUGUGGAAGCGCGGCCUUCGCCGGAUGACCAAGUGGUUUGUAUAUAAGCUGGCCAGCUGGGUUAACCCGACAUCAAACCAAGCUCACAGCUCCAAGUAGUCACUACAACCAAACACAAAAACCCAUCAACAAUCAACAUGAAAUUCCUGGCCGUCUGCUUCUUCGCUGUUGUGGCCGUGGCUGCUGCCAAGCCCGGAAUUGUGGCUCCUCUGGCCGCCGCUCCUCUGGCCUACACCGCUCCGGCUGUGGUGGGCAGUGCCGCCUACGUGGCUCCCUACGCCUCCAGCUACACCGCCCACUCGGUGGCCCACAGCGCCGCCUUCCCAGCUGCCUACACCGCUCCCGUUGCCGCCGCCUACACCGCUCCCGUUGCCGCCGCUUAUACCGCUCCAGUGGCCGCUGCCUAUGCCGCUCCCAUCGCUGCUCCCUACACCCGACUUGCCACGCCCUACGCCGCCGCCUACACCUCGCCCCUGGCCUACAGCUCUCCCUAUGUGGCCACUGCUGCCGCUCCUCUGCUGCUGAAGAAGUAAUUCCAUGGACUGUGAAUCCUAUGCCUUAAUGACAAAUUUUUAAAUACAUGAUUUUAAAAUCCA